AUGGAAUGCUUUUAACUUAGUGUUAUUUCAUAUAUCUUUAAUGGUUAAGAGAAGAAAAUAUUAGAUGUGCUAAUAAAAAAAGGUAUUGCUACUUUAAAGGAUUACCAAGAAGCUAAAAAGCAAUAAAUAUUAUAGAAUAUUAUUUCAGUUGAAGAGCUGAACUUUAUAGAUAAAAUUUUACAAGAUUUACUUGAGUAGUUCUAGCAAUAAGAAAACAAACUAUAAAUGCAUUUACAAGAUUAAGAUUCUGAUAAUUCGUCAGAUGAUGAUGAUGAUGAUGAAGAUUAAAAUAAAAUUAGUGUAGAAAAAAGUAAAUAAGAUGGGGUUAACAUAAACUUAAACACUCAGGAAGAGCUUUAACCUUAGUUGUUUAUCAAUUAUUUUUAAACUCUUUCAAGUGAUAAAGAAGAGCGCUAGAUGUAAAAUGAAAUAAACACUUUUAUACAAUAUGGGCAAGUAACAGAAAUUUAUGGACUUCCUGGAUGUGGAAAGACUACCUUAUGCUUAAAUUAUGUAAAAAAUCACUAGUAUUAAAGCUAGAUGGCUAAUAGCAAAAAUUAAGUAUUAUAUGUGGAUUUUGAGAAUGGUAUGAUGAUAGAGAGAUUAAUAUGUAUAUUAAGUUUGAAGUCAUAAGUAAGAGUAAAAGAUAGUCUAAGUUAAAUUAUAUUAAAGAAUAUAUCCAAAGAAGAUGAAGCUAGAGUUUACAUGGAGAGAUUGACUGAUAUGCUUAGUGUGUGCCCUGAUAUAAAUUUUGUGAUAUUAGAUGGAUUUAUUCCAAAAAUUCUAUCUUAUAUUAGCAACCCAGAUUUUAACAGAAAAGGGAAUGUUACAAAUCUUUUAGCAGAUCUUAAAAAUUUCAUCAAAAAAAAGAAGAUUGCAUUAAUUUUAACAAAUACUGUAAGCUUUGAAAGAUAAAAGCACAACAGUUAAAAAAAUUAAGUACAAAAUCCUCCUUCCGAAUUUAGCACAGUCUUCAAUAAUUUUGUGGAUAAUAGGCUGUAUCUGUUUAAAUUACCUAAUAGUAUUUACAAUUACAUAGCACCUCUUAAGUUAAAUGAAUAUUCAGAAAAAAUAAUUGAUACAAAAAUCCCCUUUAAAAUAGAAGAGCAUGGAGUAGAAAUAGUUUUACAAAACUGA